UAGAGAUAUUGCUACUGCCACGAUUACUUCGCGUUGGUGUUCACCACAUCAUCGCUUCACGGAACCUUUCCUGCCUAGAGCUCCAUUUGAAUCAUUUUCAUUUGCUUUUAAAACGCGAAUUAUGGCGGUAAAUACAGGGACAUCUCUGGUGCUGUCCAGCCUGCUGUCGGUGCUGGUAUUCGCCGGUAUGCAGAUGUUCAGUCGUCAGCUGUGCUCCACAGAGUGGCUGACCAUCCUCGGCGGGUUCCUGGGCUCUGUGCUUUUUGUCUGCUCUCUCACUGCUUUCAAUAACCUGGAGAACCUGGUCUUUGGAAAGGGCUUCCAGGCCAAGAUCUUCCCAGAAAUUACUCUGUGCCUGUCACUGGCUCUGUUUGCCUCUGCGCUGGUGCAUCGGGUCUGUGUGACCACAUGCCUGAUCUUCUCUCUCUUCUCACUUUACUACAUCAACAAAGUCUCAGCCGCUCUCUACCAGGCUGCCGUUCCCACGACAACUCCCGCCAAAGUCACCGGCAGCAAGGGCAAGAGGAAGAAUUAAAGCACUGAGAUUGUCAUCAGCUGGUUGUCCAAUCAGCAUUCAGACCCAGCCGAGGAAAGAUGACCGAUGAAAACUCCCCACCUCAGAGCAGUGGCAGAGCAUCACAGUCAGCAGUUGGUCUGACCCUUACUGUACAUGACGUCCUAAGUGAUAACUACAUUCCAGUGCUCAGACAUCUGAAAACUGCUACUGCAAGGUCUCGUUGAAUAUGUUGCUGAGAUUUAUGGGUUUAUGUUUGGUUGUGAUCAUUUUUUUGUUUACUCAUGAAGCAGAUUUGUAAUUAAAACACUGAAAAAUG